GUCAGUGGCAGUAGCAGAUAAAAAGAGUUUCCGCGCCGUCCGAGCGUGCGUACGUGCGGUUUAGGUUUACCUAUACAUACAUAAUAACUCGGAAGAGAAGAGGAGAAGAGAAGUGAGAUCACAAGAAUUCUUUCAUUCUCUCAAUCUCUGUUUGUUAAACAGAGGAAUAUGAUGAAGACGCUGAACGCAGAUGAGUCGAAGACGCUUUACGCUCUCCUCAAAUCGGAGCAAAGUCCGAUAGAUGAGAUCGCCGCCGACUUCAACUCCAAGUUCCCUCGCGCUCGCCACUUCGUUGCUUGCUCCUCCCUCGUCCUCCUUUUACAGGACAAAAAGCUGCUUCAUUCAACUCAGCGUUUGGUUGCAUUUGCUAUUCUUCAUCAGACUUAUGCCUCCCAGAAAUCUUCUGCGAACCCUUUUAUAAAUUUUAUUAUCAAUACUGCAUCGGAUGAUGAAGGUGAAAAAUAUGAGAGGGCAUUUAUUCUCCAGUUGCUAGGCUCUGAUGGCUCGAGUAGUGGCAAAGAGUUUCUUAAACAGUCUGUUGCAGAUUACAUCCAAGGAUUUGAUCCUUCCAUGCAUUCUUUUCCGCAAUGUGAACAGUUGCAGCAGCAGUAUUGUGAUAAAAUUCAUCCAGAACCACAUAAUUGCUUAUUUAAGGAUGGUUCAGUGAAAAGUGUGGUGCCAGACCCUGAUGUACCCAGCGGUUGUGAUGCGAACUCAAUAGAGUUUGACUUGCAACCUGGGGCCAAACCCAUACUUGGAUCUGGAGAUAGAGAAGAAACAGUAAUUGGGUUGUUGCGGAAUUUGUCACUGGAAGGGUUAGGUCCUCAGUGGAUCAGGCCUUUUCCACCAAGGCUUCCAGUACAGGAGGGGGAGCUAGUGUGGCUCAACCCUGAUGACAAUCAUGAACUGUUAUGGGACUAUGGCAUGUGUGUUGAUACAAGUAGAGGGGCAGCAGUGAGGGACUUAAUUGCAAAAGCUUUGAAGGGACCACUUGUUCCUCCACAACAAGAGCAAGUCCUGGUGGAGUUGGUGAACGACCCCAAGCUUGUGUAUCAUUGUGGACUGACACCGAGAAAGUUGCCAGAACUGGUGGAAAAUAAUCCUCUAAUUGCAGUUGAACUUCUCACCAAGUUGAUACAUUCCCCUGAAAUUAAUGAAUACUUUACGGUGCUUGUCAAUAUGGACAUGAGUCUACACUCAAUGGAAGUUGUUAACAGGCUUACAACAACAGUUGAACUCCCCUCUGAGUUCAUACGCAUCUACAUAACUAACUGUAUAUCAUCUUGUGAGAACAUCAAGGAUAAGUACAUGCAGAACAGGCUUGUCAGACUUGUAUGUGUUUUCCUACAAAGUCUUAUCCGAAAUAAUAUCAUCAAUGUUAAAGAUCUUUUCAUUGAAGUCCAAGCCUUCUGCAUUGAAUUCUCGCGUAUUAGGGAAGCAGCUACAUUGUUUAGGCUUCUCAAGUCCUUGGAAUAAAUUAAUUCUAGUUUUCUUGGGUCAAUUAACUAGCUUUUUCUAUUCUUACUCCCUACUUGUAGAUAGUAACAUUAUCAUUUAGUUGCAAAUAGUGUUCAUUUCUUCUUAUCACUUUUGUUGGUCCGCUUCAUAUUGGUGUACUAAUUUAUGGCUAAAAAUAAUGAGACGAGUCCGUUGGCAUUCAUGUUGGUAAAUCUCCUCCCAUAUUUAGCCUUCACUCACUGUUUUGAGUUUGUUACGGUCGCACCAUAGCUGUUAAUGCAAUGAAUGAUGAUUCACUUUACUCUAUACACUGUAAGAGAGAGGGAGGUAUGUAUUUGUUGUAUGAGAUAAUUAUUGGUAUUUUAGGGGGGGUAAGGAGUAUUUUACCUUGUAUAUUAAUCAUUGAUCAAUGCUAGCAAAAGCAUAAUACUUUUUAUA